GAGGAGGAGGAGGAGGAGGGCCCUCUCUUCACUUGAGACCGCUACAGAUCUUUUAUCAGAUAGACUACCACACAGAUGGCGGUCUCACUGAUAUUUACACAACGCGUUUCCGCUCCGAGAUAAAAGUCGAGGACGUUGGUUGGUGCCAAACAGUGGAGGUGAAAUUUGAUCGCUGGCACUGAGUUCCGAUUUUUUCUUUUUUUUUUUUUUUCUUUUGUCGUGCGCAACAUUUGCGAAGCAAGUUCAGAAACCGCUUCACUUAAUAGUCACUUUUCGUUUGCUAACUGCGGAGUCCGUGUUUGCACAAAGUGUCAGGAGACUUCUUCGUUGUGCUCCCGCUGCCGAUCAGCCAUUGUGGACGUCGGAAAGGGGCAAGGUCUAGUUUAUGUGCCCGCCGGCUACAGUUUGAGCUGUUUGCACGAGAGGAUCUGCUGCAUGAACACUAGGAUGAGCCAUGAGGCUGCUGGCCCAGGACAAACCGGACUGCCCGCAACCGGGAACGGAUUAGUAUCAUCUUGAUCCAUGUUUUGUUUUUUCCUGAGGGUUUGUAAAUGCACCUUUCUUUGCGUAACAUAUUUUUUUUUACUGUUGAGCGAACCCCAGAAACGAGCAGAUAGCCCACUUGUUGCGGAGGUUCGUGAUUAAAUGUGAGAGGAGCAGAAGAGAAGAAGUCCCGCAGCACUUUGUCCUGUAUUCCUGCCAAUUGGAGGAAGUUGUUUGGCUGUUUUCUGUCAUCACUCCUCAACAACAACAACAACAACAACAACAGUCAGCACAUCAUGAAGAAGAUGGCAUCCAAACAAGCCUGGACUCAGAUCAUCGCACUGUCGUCCUUGUUCUCCCUGACCCUGUGCAGCACAGCGGCGGAUGUCCCGGAGGAAGAAGGCUUCAGUGCUGAGGCAUGGCUUCGUAAGUUCGGCUACCUGUCUCAGGCGAGCGGUCAGAUGUCCACCAUGCAGUCGGCUCAGAUUCUGUCCAAAGCCGUCAGCGACAUGCAGCGCUUCUAUGGCCUAGAAGUGACUGGAGAGAUGGACCCUGCUACUGUUGUGGCCAUGCGUCGACCUCGCUGUGGCCUCCCAGACAGAAAAGCGGAGGAGAUGAAUGAUGGCGCGAGAAAGAAACGCUACACUCUCACUGGACAGCAGUGGGGCAAAGACCACAUCACUUACAGUAUAAUGAACCAGCAAAUCCCCUCCUCGCUGGGCGAGGAGCGGACGUACGAUGCGAUCCGCAAGGCCUUUGACACGUGGAGACGGGUCACGCCGCUCACCUUUGAGGAGUUACCUGCUGAACACAACAUCAGCAUCAACAGCAGCCAGGCAGAGCUCGCUGACAUCCUGUUGCUGUUUGCCUCUGGUUUCCAUGGUGACAUGUCUUUGUUUGAUGGCGAGGGAGGGUCGCUGGCCCACGCCUACUACCCCGGACCAGGAAUCGGUGGGGAUACACACUUUGAUGCUGAUGAGCCUUGGACACUGGAAAACCAAAACCCACAAGGUAUAGACCUCUUCCUGGUUGCGGUCCAUGAACUCGGGCAUGCUUUGGGUCUGGAGCACUCGGAUAACCCCAGUGCCAUAAUGGCUCCUUUCUACCAGUGGAUUCACACACACAACUUCACGCUACAUGAGGAUGACAUCAGAGGAAUACAGUACAUAUACGGCCCCCCUCUCCACGGUGAUGCCCCACCGACUUCUCCUCCGGUCCUUGACGACAAACCCAAAGAUGACUCCCCCACCUCCCCUUCUCCUCCCGAAGAUGGACCCACCUCCACGUCUCCCAGCGUCCCCCCACCCGACCCGACCGACGGCAGCCCAAAUCCCCCGGCCCCCCCAGGGCCGAGUCUCAGCCCUACCUCACCUCCUGUCCUCCCCACAUCCACCCCCACCGACUCACAGCCUGAGCCAGAACCUGUCACCCCGCACGUUAGAAAAGAUGUCCCCCCUCCUCCGCCUCCUCCUCGGCCCCCUGCCCCUCCCCGACCACCCAAGCUGCCGGACCACCAGGCCCCCGAUAUCUGUGAUGGGGACUUUGAUACGGUGACCAUGUUGAGGGGGGAAAUGUUUGUUUUCAAGGGUCGCUGGUUCUGGCGCGUGCGGAGGAACCGGGUCUUGGAUAACUACCCGAUGCCGAUAUCUGUCUUCUGGAACGGUCUGCCGAGUGACAUCGACGCCGCCUAUGAGCGCCACGAUGGCAAAUUCGUCUUCUUUAAAGAUGAUAGAUACUGGGUGUUCAGGGAGGCUGAUGUGCUGCCGGGAUACCCGCAGCCCUUACAUGAGUACGGACAAGGAGUUCCUGCACACAAGAUUGACACAGCAAUCUGGUGGGAGCCCAACGGAUACACAUACUUCUUCAGUGGAGACAGAUACUGGCGAUACAGCGAGGAGACCCGCACUACAGACCGUGACUUCCCCAAGCCAAUCAACAGAUGGGGCAGGAUCCCUCCAUCACCCAAGGGAGCCUUCCUCAGCGAUGACGGCGCUUACACCUACUUCUACAAAGGCGCCAAUUAUUGGAGGUUUGACAACCGCAAGACAGAAGCAGAGAAAGGUUACCCUCGCUCCAUCCUGAAGGAUUUCAUGGGCUGUAUGGGAGCCUCCGACCCUAAGCCCGAUACAGACGCCGAGCAGGAACCAAAAUACAAACCAGUCGACCCUUCAGACCGAGGCAAAGACGAGCACAAAGAGCCAGACGGGGGCCGAGACAAAGACAAGAACCCGGAUGAAGACACGUCUUCUCAGCCUGACGGCACAGAGGAGGAGGACAAAGAGGUGAACGUGGUCGUGACGGUGGCCGACAAUGAAUCAAAGGUCAUGACUCUGAUCAUGGUGAUUGUUCCUCUGGUCCUGGUCCUGUGCAUCCUCGUCCUAAUCUACACCAUCCUCAGGACUCUACAGAACAAAGAGACCCCGAGGGCUUUGGUGCACUGCAAACGUUCAUUGCAGGACUGGGUGUGAGGCACAGAAUGAGAAGCGAUAGAGCGGGUAUUCAUCAUUUUGUACAGUCGUUACAGGCGUCAAAAUUUGUACUUAUGGGUCUGACGCAGUACUUAAGUCUAAGAAAGCAGAGGAUGAGUCACCGUUUUGGGCCCCAUUCAUUGUGAGAACUUUUAUCGCUCAUGUGAAAUAAUGCAUACGUGGUAAAAUAGGUGCCUGUGGAGCUGCAGUGUAAGUUUCCUUCUAAUGGCUCUUGAAGUUUUUCUCCUUUGUGCCUUCCAAAUGUUUAAAAAGGGUACUUCUAUUUCUUUAAAAAAAAAUCACGUUUGUUCCAUCAUAGUUUAAAAAAAAAAAAAAGAUGUGUCAGCCACCAGAUGUGUACUGUAGAAAACACAUGACACACUAGGAAGGUCCGUUUCUAUUAAUUGUAAUUGUACAGAGGAGGGACCAGUGGUUUAUUUGUAGUAUAAAUGCAGAUCAAGUCAAUAAUGCACAUAAAUUACACAGAAGCACACAUACACAUACACACAACAUGAGUGCUUAAGGCUAUAAAAUUAGCUAUACAAAUACAUGCAUUAAUACGAACACGUCUUCCAUAUGCUUGACUACGAUGCCUCAACCAAUCUAGACAUUUAUCUUAGUUUAGAACAGAUAAUUUGCACUUUUGAUUCUGUUUUUUGUCGUCUUUGUUUUGCUGAGGUUGCUUCACUGCAAAUACGUACGUGUGUGUUUUUUUUAUUAAACCCACUGAUACUAGCAGAAGAAGCACGUCCUCCGACCAGAGCAGGAAUGUCAGACAGCUGUGUGCGUCCAUGACCGCCCGUCUCCCACUGAGCCCAUUAUGUCUGCCCUCUCUCUCACACACACACACACACACACACAUACACACGCGCACGCACCAACAGCACAUGAUCUCCAAAAAAACUCUAACUGCACUCAUUUGUGCAUGCAUGUCCACAUAUGCAGACACACACGCACACGCACACACUGAGACAUAGAGACCACUUACCCAAACAAAGGCACAUAGUUUUUGCACACAGACACAAGGGCUCCAGCCUCCCCUCCUCCCACCACGGCCUUGAUAACUGUUCUGACUACACCACUAAAACACAAUCCCAGUGGAGACGCAUUGAUAUAUACGCCUAGUGCCAGGGCUUGGAUAAAAUACAGCAAGGGGGGAUUUAUUCACACUUAACGAGAAGAUUUGAAAAGUGCUGUGGUACUUUACAAAUGAUAUCCAUCUCAGCUCGACCUGUUGAGUAAAAUCAUAGCAGCAGUAUCCGUCUUUCUGUAUGUCCUCUUCUGUUGUUCAUGCUAAAGCUAAAUAGCGUCGAAGCAAAUUAAGUGAGCAUGGGAGAAGCCUGCAGGCUAGAGAGGAAGGGACCAGGGUCUGGUUUCCAUUAAGCCCACAUGCCGCUGAUUUAUUAGUGGCACGAGGAGAGGAGAGAGAGGGGAGUUGGGGAAAAUGCAAAAAGAAGGAGGUAUAAAAUAUAAUGGUGGGGAGAAAGGGGAAAUGAGAGAGAAUGAGAUGACGAGGGAAAGAAAUAAACUGGGGGAGGCACAGAUUGAGAAGGUGGAGAGGGAGGGCUCUGCCAAAAUGUCCUUUGCCAGUUUUCUCUGAAAAAGGAGGAGCAAGGGAAAGAGGGAGGAAGGAUCUCUGGGAGGAACAGCGCUGGCGUUGCACCUCCUGACCUAGAUUGGGACACUAAGUCCAUGCCUCCUUUUCAAGUCUUCUUGUUUUUGCUUGGUUUGUUGUCAUGAGUUGUUCCUCUGCGGCCCCCUCCUCCCUUCCUUAUCUAUCCUUCUCUCCAAUUUUUCUUUUGUUUUUUCAUUUUGAGUCCGUCUUUUUGUCUCAUUGCUGUAUACCAUACCACACUAAUGCUCUCCCAGAUGUAUUCAUUUUCUUCUCCACUCUCCCUCAAGCAUUUAUACUUAAUGUACAGAAACAUCUGCAGAAAGUAUUCAUUGAGUUUCCCUUUAUCUAUCUGUCUGUCUAUACCUUGCUUGUGUCGGUGUAAAUCCACUAUUGACAUGCUAAUCAUUACCUUUUACUUGUGUCUUUACAUUGUGCCUAUAUUUUCUUUUUGCCAGUAUUGUGCCUUUUUUCUGUGAAUAAUGGGGCGGCAUUUUCUUUUUUUUUUUUUACUAUAAAUAGCACGAGGGAACAUUUUUAAAAAUGUGUUUCUUUCCUUUUUUAAUUCUUAUUACUUGUAGUUUUGUAAAUUUUGUUUUUGUUCAGGUUUUCUGUAAGAACAUUAUUAGAUUAUCACGACAUUGAUGCAUGCAGGGCAUGUUCUGUAAGGCCUGUGCACUCCUGUGUAGAGUACGUUAAAGUUUUCACAAUAAAACUUGCAGGUAAAAGCAA